AUGACAUAUAAGCAGAGGAAUAUUCCCAUCUCUGGAGCAGAGGCAGUAUCUGUCACAUCCUACCACAAUCACCGCGACGGGUUGUCACCAGCUGCCCAGCUGCUCGAAGAAGCCCCUACCCUUACCCACCUUGCAAUGGAGUCAUGGUCUUCUAUCCUGCAGGCGUUUCUUCAUGGCCUCGCGGUCAAUGGUAUUGCUUUCCCUACGGUGGCUCCAGUCUACAUCCCCGCCAACGAAAGCUCUCAGCCUCGUCCAAAGCGCACCGACACCGAAAUGACAACGUCAACAACCACAAGCAGAUCAUCCGGCAAGUCAAGAAAGUUCCGUCUGAAACGGACCACCUCCUCGACGACGUGGCUCUACCUCAUCCCAGAAAUCGAAGUCCUCGAGGUUUUCACAGACAAUGGCAAAGAUCAAGCCAUCGAGAUUGAUUUCGCAGCUGCGGUGGCCAACACUGGUGACGAGCCCGGAGCAGAUCCCAUUGAUUUGACCAAUGUCGUCAGUUAG